CAUCCAAUAAGCACAUCUUGAGGGGCUUUGACAGAAGGCCACUGCCGGCUUAACAAGUUUUAAAGCAGCAACCAUUAAGAGAAAGUGAGUAAUCUGAGACAGAUUUUGGGACGUUUUCUCUACCCAUUUUGGCAACAAAAACCUCCUCCGCAAAAAGCAGCAUGUCUCUGGAGGUGAAGGAGAAGACCCUGGUGCGUCUAGUCUUUCUGGGGGCAGCAGGAGUGGGCAAGACAGCCCUGAUCCAACGCUUCCUCCAAGACACAUUUGAGCCCAAACACCGGCGCACAGUGGAGGAGCUGCACAUCAAGGAGUAUGACAUCGAUGGGGUCAAGAUCACAGUAGAGAUCCUGGACACCAGUGGCAGCUACUCCUUCCCGGCCAUGCGCAAGCUCUCUAUCCAAAACAGCGACGUCUUCGCGCUGGUGUAUGCUGUGGAUGACCCUGAGUCACUGGAGGCUGUCAAGAGCCUGCGAGAUGAGAUUCUGGAGAUCAAGGAGGACAAGUACACACCACUCGUGGUUGUGGGAAACAAGGUGGACCGGGUGCAGGAGCGUCUGGUGUCCAACAAGGAUGUCCUGUCAACCGUGGAGCUGGAUUGGAACAACAGCUACCUGGAAGCAUCGGCGAAGGACAACGUCAACGUGGUGGAGGUGUUUAAAAUGAUCCUGCAGCAGGCAAACCUUCCCAGCCGUCUCAGCCCCGCGCUGCGUAGACGCAGGGAGACCUUUCCAAAAGACACUAACUUCCGACCACCUAUGAACAAGACCAACAGCUGUAUUCUGUCGUAAUGAUAGACAGAGGAGAAGUGUUGUUUGGUUUCAUGAAGGGACAAGAGAUGAGAGCACUCAAUGCUGCUGGUCAGAGAAAAAGAAUAAAGAGAAAAGCUUGGACUUCAGUCAGUGGCUGAGAUAAGUGAUUCUGAACCAGUCAAGUCACUUCACGGUUGAACUGAGAGAAAAAGAAACUGAAGAGGUGAAAGGUAUUGAGACUUAACUUGAACAGACUGCCAUUGGACAUGAGGAAGCUACAUUAAUUAUUCAAUUGUUUAUUCAAUGUAACGUUAUUGCUGCUGAUUUGGUGACAUGCUGCUGGUAGAUCAAUGUAUACCUUUUGGAUUAUAAAUCAAAAAUGUUAACUUACAUCAAGAUUUGGACUGUUAACAGAUUGUUUACUAAGAGGAAGUGUGCAUUUGUGGUACGUGCAAAAGUUAUGUCUCAUGUAAAUUGUUUAAAUUUAAUAAUUCAGUGUAUGUAGCACAUCAUGAUUGCAUUUUUGUUGUAUUCAAUUCCAAUUUGCCAUUGAGCAUACUAUCACUUGUCUAAAAAAAGUUGUGAUAUGCAAAUGUUAACUGUUGAUGCACUUUCAAUUUUCAAAAGACUUUUCAAAAUGAUGUUUUAAGGUUGUUGUUUUUUUUUUUAUGAAUAAGAUUUUUUAUUUUAUUUACUUCGUUUUUUAUCACGGCAUAUUCUCACAUUAUUAUUUUGCCGUUUAUUUAACAAACGUACGUGGACUGUGGAUCUAAAUGUGUAAUAAAAAUAUAU